GUUUCGCCGCUCCGAGCUCUCCCCGCCUGCCCCGCGCCUGUUUAACCGGCAACGAACCUCGUCCUUCCAAGGUUCCUGCUGCUAGACAACAACUUCCCAGCGACAAAACCACUUUCAGUCCCUGAAUAGAAUUACCUGCACGAUAGACAAUCGUCACAAUGGUCGAGCACGAGCCUGAGCCGAAGCGCUUUUCUCCUAAGAUCCCUGUCCAGCUCGAUCCCCCGAAAUAUGAUCCCAUAACCGUUGAAGAGCUGUCCAAAUGUGAUGGUACCGAUCCUAACCGUCCCACCUUGGUUGCGAUUAAGGGGAUCGUUUUCGAUGUGACUAGGAACCAGGCAUACAGUCCUAGUGGGCAGUACCACGUCUUUGCUGGAAAGGAUCCCUCCCGCGCCCUUGCCUCUUCGUCGCUCAAAGCCGAGGAUUGCAAACCCGAUUGGUAUGAUUUGGAGGACAAGGAGAAGACAGUCCUGGAUGAAUGGUUCACGUUUUUCAGCAAACGCUACAACAUUGUGGGAAAGGUGAAGGAUGCUACGAACUACUAAAGGAACAAAUGGUUAGCAGCGAUGCAUGGAGAUAAUCAACCUUUCUGCAAUGCAAGAAUAAUACCCGUUGACUUCACUCUUACGCGAGCUACUCUGAAUAAAGAGCUGUCGGUGU